AUGAAAAAAAUCCACCUUUUUAUGGGCUACGUUUUGCUGCAAAUGCAGAUAUCUCAAGGAACAUCAAGAUACUGUCAAGAAGCCGUCGACAACGCUGAAUCUGUGAGAUCAUGCCCAACGUCAAAAGAGGAAUGGGAAAUUGCUUCCAGGAAGAAAAAUUGUAGCAAAAUAGCCUCACAGCAAAACUGUUCAAGUGUCGAAAAGUUCCAAUACCACUGUGUGAUUAACGGUCACAGAAAUAAAUUUCUAGAAGUUUGCGCACCUUCAAGAAUAAUUUUUGGACAUUGUGUAGAGUUUAAUCUACAAGGAGGAGUAAUUCAGGAACAGUAUUCAGCUCCCUGCAACGACACAUUUCCCAGAUGUGACAAAUUCUAUGAGUCAUCGACUGCCUACAAAUAUCCUGAUUGUUAUCAGCUUGUUUCCGUGAGUUGUACUAUUUAUUCUACAACGACAAUGAAAUACGAUGUAACAUCAUCAACCACUGAUGAAUUACAAUUAAGGUAA